AUGUUCUCUACAUCCACUGAUAGUUCGCACCCCUCCAAGUCUAUUGGUGCGUCGUUCUCGUCUACUGGACAAUUUGAGGCAUCCAAAUCUCUGGAUGCUGGUCAGUCUGCGGCAGCGCUGAGGAGAGGAUCGCUUCUCGCUUCUACACGUGAGGAGUCUGAGGAUGAGCUCUUUAACCAAGUCAUCUCAGAGACUGAUCAACUUCAUUUGGAGCGCCCGUCGAGCCCUCCCCCUUUGAUCACAGAAUCAACCCCCCUUGAAAGACAGCAAUCUUUCCCACCAGAUGAUACACCCUACCCCGACACCAUGCCAUGUUCAAUAGGCGGUACCUCCCGAGUCCAGAUCCCACUCACGCCAGACGGAACAGACUUGAAACCAUGGGGUAUUGAAGCGAUUCUGAAAGAAUCAGUUCGAUAUUACCACAGCAGCAGUAGCUUAGUCGACAUCCAGGCUGCGGCCCAUCUUCUCCACAAGCUGCACGUUCUUUUUCGGGACUGCGAACAAGUUCUGCCAUAUGAAGAAUGCGAAACGGUCUUCAAAACCUACAAUGAGCACCUUAUUCGGCACUCGAUGGACCUCGAGGCAGCAGAGCUCCGCUUAUUUUGUGUAUCAACAUAUCCUGCCGUCUACGAAUACGCUCAGACAGAUUCAUUCAUCAACGUCUACUGUUACACGUGUCAGCGACCCUUUGAAAAUCCCACCCAAGAUAACAGCCGCUGCUAUCGCUGCAGCACACCUCAAGCACCAUGUUCUAUUUGCAUGAGCCUUGAUCCACCUCCAGAAUGGGUUUCAGAGCAGCAAACCCGAUUACUCACUUCAUAUACCGUCACGAGUCCCGACCCAGACUCCGAAACCACGUCAAACCAUUCGGCACAAUCCUCAGUUCCCACUGAACCCGUCCCAGCGUCCGAGAUCGAGACUCUCGGGCCCUUCACUGUACCUCGGCCCAAAGGCUCUGCUCUCUGGACGUGGUGCCAAGGUUGCGGCCACGGCGGCCAUCUAGCCUGCAUCACAACCUGGCUCGUCGACAUCUCAACCAGUGAAGGUGGGUGUGCCACAGCCGGCUGCUCGCAUGACUGUGGGCCUGGCCCACGUCGCGAACUAAACCGCCAAGCCCUGCAGGCGGAAUCCAAGCGUCGUGACUCUGCUAGUCGCUCCGCAGGUGUCGGGCUCGUCAAGCGUGAUCCCUGGACCAAGGGUGAAAGCAAGGCCGUCGAAAAAGUCCGCGGCAUGUUGGGCGUUGCUGGCGUUGCCGCUGCCACCGGUGGCAGCGGUGCUGGCCCGGUCACUUCGACAAACAAUACUUCUUCUCCAACGCCGGUUUCGCCCGGCGCUAUGUCGCCUAAGAGGGUGCGGCUUGUUACCCCGAACGAGCAAGAGAAGGAAAGUGCUUCCUCGGCUCGCACGGGUCCUCCUUCGAGGGACUGA